AUGAGCGACCUCGCCAGAGAGGCCUUCGCCUCGCGCAACUAUCGGCUCGCUCUCGAGAUGUACGAGCGCUGCCUGAAGCAGCAGCGAACGGCUCCGAGUUACGAGCUACUCCUCGGUUAUGGGGACUCGUUGGCGCGCUGCGGCAGGAUCCGCGAGGCGAUCGACGUUCAUUCGAGGUGCCUGGCCCUCGGCCAGGUACCGCCCGACGAGCUCAGACACUUAACCAACGCGCUCUUGGAGGAGCUGGGCACUCAGCGCGGUAGGAGAGACGCCGAGCCUGUCGGAGGCUCCUUCGCCUGUCCGGUUUGCGAGGGCGCGUUGCAUCAGCCACACCAACUGCAGCAGCAGCAGCAGCAGCAGCAGCAGCAGCAGCAGCAACAUCAACAACACCAGCAGCAAUACCAACAGCAGCACCAGCAACAGCAACAGCAGCAGCAACUACAAAUGGGACGCUCGGAGACGAACGUGCUGGUGCAGAGGCUCGUGGAGAAGUGGUGGCCGAGGGAGGCCGAAGCCAGCGCCGCGAGGCACGAAGCCGAUGCUCUUGUCAAGGAUGGACAACUCAGCCGGGCCCUCGAGAGAUACGACCUUGCCGUACAGCUGGCGCCAAACAGUCCGCUUCACCUCAGCAGCAGAGCACACGCGUUGCUUUUACUCAACAGGCCACAAGCCUCCCUCGCUGAUGCUGAUCAUGCAAUUCGACUACGCCCGGACUGGGGCAAGGGUCAUUACCAAAGGGGUCUAGCGUUAUCCGCACUCAUGAGGAACGAAGAGGCCCUUCUUGCUCUGUGCACGAGUGCUGUUAUCGACAAAAAUCCCCAAGCCAUCCGACAUGAACUCACAAGGGUGCUGCACCGUAUUCUGACGUCGAGUGUGCGUCGCCAAAGCAGCGCGAGCUUCCGCACGCCUUACGACCUCGUGGAGGUGCGUAUGAGGCGGAACCGUCAUCACCUGCUGCUGCCCCUAAUGACAUCGAGUCAUCGGCACCGACGUAACGCCGGUGGCAACGUGGCCCUCAAUACCUCCGACUACGAAGACAACAGUAGCGGCGGCGAGGACGAGUUCUCCCAGUCUGUUUGUCGGAGACUACUUUCCAGUACCACGCCACAAGACAACUCGAAAUUGUAUGCAACAUUAGAUAGGUUGUUUCAAGAAGUUGAAAAAUUAAAAAGAGUGGAGCGAAAGCCCGCUGAGAUCCUCCUGCCACCCAUGAGUGGCGCGACGUCGGGCGGUGACCUCGACUGCAUCCUCUGCUGUCGCUUGCUCUGGAAGCCGGUGACGACGCCUUGUGGCCACACCUACUGCUGGAUGUGCCUGGACCGCUGCCUCGACUAUUCCUCAGCCUGUCCGCUCUGCGUCACCUCGCUCGCCGACUAUCUGGCGAGCAGCCAGAAGACGGUGACGGACUUCGUCGAGUGCGCUCUCAAGUACGCGGCACCGAAGGAGUACGCAGCCCGGGCGGCAGCUCAUCGCCAGGAGCUCGUCCAGCAGGACGCUGAGGAGGCAGCGAGCGAGCAGAUCGCCGUGUUCGUCUGUACGACGGCCUUCCCCUGCGUCGCCUGUCCCCUCUUCGUCUACGAGCCGAGGUACAGGCUGAUGGUGCGCAGGUGCCUCGAGAGCGGCACCCGGCAGUUCGGCAUCGCGGCCUGCCUCAACCGCGAGGCCAGCGCUACCAAGAGGUACGCGGAGUACGGCACGAUGUUGGAUAUAAGAGACAGGGUUCUGCUCAAGGAUGGCUGCAGCAUAUUGAGUAGUAUUGGUGGGAGGAGAUUUCGAGUCCUGUCGGGAGACGAGAGGGAUGGAUACGAUACGGCGCAGGUUGAAUUUUUGAGAGACACGCCGAUUCCAGCUGACCAGUUACUUAGCAUUGUCGAAUUGCACAACAAAGUGCGGGCGAAGAGCAAGAAAUGGUGGGUGACGGUACCGCUGUCCCAGCGCUCGGAGAUUCGUCGGGUAUUCGGAGAUAUGCCGGAGGCCGAGGAGGACUGGCCCCGACUGACGGACGGGCCCUCCUGGGCCUGGUGGCUGUUGGCGAUCCUGCCCCUGGGACCUCAGCUCCAGGUCGGCAUCCUCGGGACGACGAGCCUCGAGAAACGGUUGCGCGCUAUCGAGAAGACCCUCGAUCACAUGGAGCAGCGCCAGCUAAGCAUCGGUCCCACGGCGUCCGAGGAGACGACAACCUCGACGAGCAUCUGCAGGGACGAGAGGGGCAGUGCCAUCAUUGCCGGCGAGAGCCAGAGGAGCGAGACGACGAUGACGACGACGACG